UGCUCAGACUGCGCUGCUGUCUUAUUAAUUUUUAAUGGAAAAUGGCUGCGUUUCUUAUCCAAACCGCUGGAGCUGGGAGAUGAAAAAAGGAGCCGUCUAGCUGACCACAUCUCACCUCUCACCGUCGCUCGCGUCGAAACUACCCGAUGCGGUGAUCGUGUGUUAGCGAACCGAUGUCCUGUGGCGAGAAAAUAUUCUGGAAAAUGGAUCGACUCGCGCUUUGAGGGGGAUGAAAGAUCAUUUUGCUCCUUAACCCUUUCUGCUCCGAGAUCUGCGAACAAUCGAGAAGAUGAUGCGCCAGGUGACAACCAGUGACUUCUGCAUGAACAGCAGGCCGUCGUGCCUAGCAGAGGACAGCCACCACCCCACUGCUCACUUUGACCUGUGCACCUCACAGGCCAGCAAGUUCUACCCUCCUCCCCCUCCAUCAUCCCUCCAGAUGACACUGGCUCCCAUGGCCUUACCCACCCAGAGCCACAAGCCCAUGGUGUGCCAGAGACAGGAAGUUCUUGGGGGUGACCCUCGCUCGUCUGGAAAGCUAGCAGGGUUAAAAAACACCAAUCAAGCAACAGAUGAUGCCAAGAAGAAGAACAAGUCUGUCGGGAAGACGGGCAGACGUGGGAGGCCUUUGGGAACCACCAAGCUAGCUGGUUAUAGAACCAGCACAGGGCGACCACUCGGCACCACCAGAGCUGCCGGGUUCAAGACGAGUCCUGGAAGGCCGCUCGGUACGACCAGAGCGGCGGGGUAUAAGGUCAGCCCCGGGAGGCCCCCUGGCAGCAUCAAGGGCCUCUCUCGCCUCAACAAACUGGUUCACAGUAGCACUUGCAGCGGAGCAGCUUUCCCCUAUCCACUACCACACAAAGAAAUCCUCUGUGAACCUUCCUGCAAAGAGAAGCCCGCUAAUGAGUAAAGCCUGUACCCCGUUUCUACUUCACCCUUCGUCUCUGGAAUAACAGACAGACACGCACAGGUUUCCUGCCACAUAUUGAGGGUGAUUGCAAACUUUCCUAGUCUGCUGUGAGGCAGAGAGAGAGGAGGAUUUUUCUAUUAUUCGUGUUUGUGUCUUUUGUGUGCCUGCCAGCUGAUAAAAUUACUGUUUUUCAGUGCUAGAGAUCUAUAGUGUGCGAAAGGUUUCACUACACAGUGUACACAUUGCUGUAUCUGUUUUCUGGGGAGAAAAAAAUACCAGAUAUUCAUUGAACAAGAGGCUUUUAUCCAGCAGCUACUGUGGUAGUUAAGUCUUAGAGUGUUACAUGUAGCAUUUUAACACCAACAAAUGUUGGAAACUCGGGCUGUCCUGUCAGAAUUUCUCUUCACAAUUAUUGCUGAUAACGACAAUAUCAUUGCAAUUUUGCAAGUUCAUCUAUACCGUUGUCUAUUGCAUAAUUUCUUUUGAGGCAAUUUAAUUAAAUCUCCAAAUAAAUGGAGGUAGCAAGAGAGUGUGUAACCAUAGCCAGGCAAAAGCACAGAAUAAGAACAGCUACACAAUAAUGUAUGAUGUGAUAUUGAUCAUUUAUUUUUAAAUUAUCGAGGAAACCUCUAAUGGAAAUGAUUCAAAAUCUUGUUUGAUGUAAACAAGGACAUUAUUGCUCAACUACAGUUUGUAAUUUAAAUGAGCUGCCGUCAUGAAAAACAGGCAGGUUGAUAGGAAGUAAAGAAAUAUAGUUAUAGAGGAAAGGUUGGUAGUCUAGUGGUUUGCUCAGUGGCACUUCAAAAGUAGAAAUCUAAAUAUUUAUUCAGCAUCCCAGAACUAAAAUCUGACAGAGCCAGUUCCACUCAGCUCCUCAUGUAACACAAAAAAGUAAUUCCUCCUAAAAACAGAUUUUAUUCUCUAAAUGUCACAUUGCAAAAUAUCUACAUAUUAUUUGCAUGCAAAACCACUGACUCAACAUGCAGAUCGUUGUUAUUCAGCUAAGGUUUUGUUUGUAUUUUUUUUUUAAACUAAAAGUAUAAAACUUAAAAAAAAAUGUACACACCUUCACAGCAACACCCUUCGUCUCUGAUGACCUGCUACAAAUUGGCUAAUGUGGACUGUGGUUGCCUUUUUUGUUACAUAUUCGGCACAGAGAAGCUGUAGACAUUUGGAUGGAUGGUGUUUUUGUAUUUGAUCACUCUUCACAGCCACUAGCUAGUCCCAGCAACCUGCUGGCUUAUUUGUGGUGGGACUUGUUUCUCCACUCUCUGCUUUUGUCUGCUAUUCUUUUGCAAAUUUCAGCACAAAUACCAAAAUAAUCAUUUUUUUUAAUGCGCUCUUUUUUCUACACAGCUUACUUUUACAAGAACGGCAAACUUAAUGUCUUAAAAAAGCAACAUGCCCAUUUAAAAAUAUGACCUUCCUCACUGUUCCUGCUCUGGAACAACUUUUAGACAUGUUUUGUUUCGUUUUUAGGAGGCACUUGUGUUUGAAAUGCAGCUUAAAUGUCCUUAUAUUGAUCUAAAAGCUUCAUUUUUAGCUUUGCAUUUAUCACUCCUACGGCAAAAUGUAAACCCGUGUGACUGUUUUUAGUGUGUAGAUGUCAGUAUAAAGUAAGAGAAAGGGUACACUGCUUUAUUCUAAAAGGCUCACAUUGUAGAGGAAAAUCUGUUACCUAUUAUUGUGUUCUUGUUUUGUGUCAAACCACAGGGUCCAUUUGUUGGUGUAAAAUAAUGAAAACUUG